UAAUAAAGCUGUUAUAUAAUCUCUGCCUCUGACCCACCCUCUGUGAGGCAGAGCUACGAGACCCUCCUUCUGUUUAAAUUUGGGACGCGAACAAAAGCUGUAUCUUAAACAUCAGCAGCUGCAGCAUACACCAAAAUGACUUCCUACACAGAUAAAGGUGAAAAGCACGAGCAGGGCAAGUUCAUCAGCUUUGACCACCUCACUUUCUGGGUUGGCAAUGCCAAGCAGGCCGCAUCCUUUUACUGCAACAAGAUGGGUUUUGAGCCUCUGGCAUACCGCGGUCUGGAGACGGGCAGCCGUGAUAUCGUCUCUCAUGUGGUUAAGCAGGGAAAGAUUAUUUAUGUCUUCUCCUCUGCACUGAAUCCUGGUAACAAAGAGAUGGGGGAGCACCUGGUGAAACACGGAGAUGGAGUCAAAGACAUCGCCUUUGCCGUAGAGGACUGUGAAUCCAUAGUGCAGAAAGCCAGAGAGCAGGGUGCCAUCAUCCUCAAGGAACCUCAUGUGCUGGAGGACGAGUUUGGCAGCGUGAAAUUGGCUGUGCUGCAGACAUAUGGAGACACGACUCAUACACUAGUGGAAAGAAAUGGAUACACAGGACUUUUCCUCCCAGGAUUCCACACUCCGCUCUUCCGUGAUCCUCUCCUGGCUCAGCUGCCGAGUGGCCAUCUAGAUUUUAUUGAUCAUGUGGUGGGAAAUCAGCCAGAUGAUGAGAUGGUGCCUGUGGUGGAAUGGUACCAGAGGAACCUCCUGUUCCACCGUUUCUGGUCUGUAGAUGAUAAACAGCUGCAGACGGACUUCAGCGCUCUGCGCUCCAUUGUGGUGGCUAACUACGAGGAGACAGUGAAGAUGCCUAUCAAUGAACCUGCCUUUGGUAAACGCAAGUCCCAGAUCCAGGAGUAUGUGGAGUAUUACGGUGGCCCGGGAGUCCAGCACAUUGCCAUGAACACCUCGAACAUUAUCAAAGCUAUCCGUAAUCUAAAGGAACGUGGCAUGGAGUUCAUGACUGUGCCAAAUGCCUACUACCAGCAGCUCCGUGAGAAACUAAAAGACUCAAAGGUCAAAAUCAAUGAGGACUUGAGCAUCCUAGAGGAGCUGCAAAUUUUGGUGGACUACGAUGAUAAAGGUUACCUCCUCCAGAUCUUCACCAAACCAGUCCAGGAUCGACCCACUGUGUUCCUGGAGGUUAUUCAGAGGAACAACCACCAGGGCUUCGGUGCAGGGAACUUCAAGUCUCUGUUUGAGGCUAUCGAGGCAGACCAGCAAGCCAGGGGGAACCUCACUGUCCUCAUGCCCAACGGGACAUCAGAAAAAAUCUGAAACAGGCUUUAUUUACCAACAUAUCCACUCAUCUUUUUAUAUAUGAAAGCUGUGAUUUUUUUUUAAGAAUAGUGCUGUAUUCUGUAAAUGUUUUGUAGUAUCACUGAGGUUAUGCUUUUUAGAUUAUCCAUGAAACUGUCUCUUUUACCAAACAGCUGUUUUUGAACAUUGCCAGUGAUAACAUAAGCUCCUUAUGGCUAGUGUGAGAAACCAAAUUAGGUAUUCAUUUGUGUCUUAUUAGCAGUGCAUGUGUUAUCUCUGGGGAUUGUAAGUCCUUGUGUCUCCAUCUGUUUAUUCGAGCUUCCAGCAGUCCAGAUACCUGGCUGCUUUUUUUAAAAAGCAUGUAAUAAAAAGCAAACAGUAAAAAUAAAUUUAUGUUGACCUUGAAUAAUCAUACUUCCUGAUCUUCAGUAAUGAAGUUAUGUAAGAAAAAUGUAACAGAGCAAUAAAACAUGAAUUAUUCAUUAA